AAAGUUGCUUUUGUGAUUCUAUUGAACAUUGAAAGUGUUUAAUUUUUGUUAUUUAAUUUCGUUGCAUUAGGUGAUAGCGCAUUUUUUACAAAAUGAUAGCAAGGCCGUGGACAGAUGAUCUACCGAAAUGCAAAAAUUCUUGUGUAGCAUCUUACUUUUCACGUCUGGGAGGUGGGAAUACCAAUACUACUGACGACUACUUGUGUUUUUACUGCCAGACUGAAGAUAAUUUUUCACUCUAUGGAGUAUUUGAGCCACACAAUGGGCUGGACGCAGCAAGGUUUAUCAUGCAGAGGAUGGCAGCUGAGAUCCUGUUCCCACCUCCUUCAGCUAACACAGAUGAGGAGAUCAGAGAAAGACUGAGGAAUGCAUUUAUAUCAGUAGAGAAGGCUUACAUAGAGAACUAUGAUGGUAUGAUAGCAGAGAGGACAAGUCUACAGUACCAGUUACAGACACUUAAUGAAACACAGGUAUCACAAAACUACAACAUCUUAGCCCGUCUUAAGGAGAUAGAUGUCCACCUGUCUGGCGGGGCAGCUGUUGUGAUAGCUCUGGUGCAUGCUAACAAGCUCUUCGUGGCCCAUGUGGGAGACACGAGGGCCUUACUCUGCCGGACUGAUGAUAACGCAGUGCUAAGAGUUGUACAACUUACCGUGGACCACAGUUUAAAUAAUGAAGACGAGUUGCUAAGGCUGCAGCAGUUGGGGCUUGAUGUUAAUAAGUUGAGGAAUUCUCAAUACCUCGGCAACCAGACGGGGACGCGUUGCCUAGGUAACUACCUAGUCAAAGGCCUGUACAAGGCCUUCCCAACAAUCAGCGCUGCAGUCACAGAACCAGUCAUCGCCGCUCCAGAGAUACACGGCCCCAUUAUCCUGGAUGAGUCUUGCAGAUUCCUAGUCCUGGUAAGCGCAGGAGUAUACAAGCGCAUACAAGAAGCCAAAGGCAGCUACGAACAAACGAAUAAGCAAUUAGCACAGAUUAUAGUGGAGAAUUUCAGAAAGCACGACUUCAGAAUGGUCAGCCAGUCAGUUCUAGAAGAAAUUGAACAAGAAUUCGUCUCUUACUGUGUUAAAAACAGUUUAACACCAAAACCAAAUACUCACAUGUCAUUAUUGAUAAGGAAUUUUAAUUUCUUACCAACGGUAGAAGAUGAGACCCCACCGACACACAGUGUAACAAAAAACGCGUCAGUACGGUUCAACCCGAUCGUUCAAUCAAAAUCGAAUACCUUACUCAACGAAAUCGAUUCCGAAAUUUACUCGUCCGGUACGAAUGAAAUCGAAACUAACGAUUCUAAUAUCGAUACUAAUCGAUCUAUAGAAUCGACUUCGGAUAUUUAUCCCGUUGGCAGACCGUUUGAUAGAGAUCGCAAGAUUAAGGGCUAUGUAGAUUUUUCUUGUUAUUUUGAGAAUGUUGCCAAGGCUAGAAAGAAUGGGACGCUGCCUGAUUUUAUUAAAUAAUGUUUAUUUAAUGUUUUAGAAGUUUUAUAAGAGUUAUUCUUGUCAUUAUUUUAAAGUAUUGUGUAGGUAACUACUAGCUUCUGAACGUGGCUUCGCCCACAUGGUAUGUUGAUAAAAACAGUAUGUGGUAUCCACCUACCUAUAUACCAAGUAUCAACCAAAUCAGUCGAGCCGUUUUUGCGUAAAAUAAUAACAAACACACAACUAUACAUUCUCACAAAC